GAGAUAUGCGCACUCAGCUUCAAGCUAGCAUCAAUUCUAGAUACUGUGUACCAAACAUCCCCCAUCAGCCGACUGGAUGCCCGAGCACAUCGUGAGGGAAAUGGGUAUAAAUAAGAAGCAUCUUUCCGCCAACAAAUGUAAUUCACUAGUCGCACGCUCGUCUUCAAAUUCCUUCAAAACCAUCCAAGAGAACCAGACCCAACCCAACCCCUUCACCAUGCGCUUCAACUCCAUCAGCAUUGCCCUCUUCGCCAGCCUGGCACUGGCAGCCCCAUCCCCAUCGCCUCUCGACGCAACCACGUCCAACCUCGCAACCGGUCAACAGGUCCAAGCAGCCGCGUACAAUCCGAAUGUUAAUUGUGACGCCUCAAAUAUUCAUUGUGGUACAUGCAAUGGACUAAGCUGCAAAAUCGGAUACAACAAUUAUCCAUGCGACGUUGGCAAGUGCUCCAAGCAGAGUGGCGGCGGAGAUGGGAAGCGAUGCUACGACGACGCGUUUGGAACCUCAAAGCCGAGACACAUUCUUUGCCCGGGACGUUAGGAGUCAUGGGAAUCCUCCGGGGGGCCUGUGUGGGUGGAGAUUGCAGCAACAACCCCCCGUGGUCACAGGUCAACGAGCACCUAAUGUGAUCGUUGCCAGUCGGAGACUAAGUAAGGGGUUGCAGAAGCACAAGCGCAACAGGGACUUGGUUUGCUAUUUCGAUUUUCAACGGCCAUUACUUUUCUGGGUGAGAUGUUGACAUGUUAAUGUGAAUGCAAAG